AGCAGUCCAUGAACCACGAAUCAUGUCAGUGAAACUAACCUUUGCCUCCCCCGCUGACGGGGGAAGGAUCAGCAGGAGCUGCUCCUUCGCUGGAUUUAGCAGCACACAGAGCCGGAAGCUGGCAAAGUCUCUCAGCAAAGGUUCUACAAGAUCCAAAAUGUCAGUAAAAUCUGCCAAGAUGUAUUCUUCCCUGCAAAAAGGGACUGUCCUCUGCGAUCCCAAACCACAACAAGUGAAGAAGGUUUUUGAAGCUUUGAAGAAAGGGCUUAACGAAUAUCUGGAAAUGCAUCAAACAGAGCUCGACUAUCUGUCUGAGUGCCACCAAGACACCAGAAGGAAUUCCAGGCUGGCUUUCUACUAUGAUUUGGGCAAGCAAAUCCGCUCUGUUGAAAGAUACGUUAGGAAACUGGAAUUUCAAAUAAGCAAGGUAGAAGAAUUAUAUGAAGCUUACAGCAUCCAGUGUAGACUACGAGAUGGUGCUUCAAAUAUGAGACAUGCUUUUUCCUUGUCUCCUUCCACUAAAGCAUCAAGAGAGAGCCUGGUAGAACUCUACAAAAAUCUCCAAGAAUGUACAGAGGAUAUGUGUUUGAUUGAGGGGACCCUUGAAGUACAUUUGGGGGAGUUUCACUUGAAGAUGAAAGGGUUGGUGGGUUAUGCACGUCUCUGUCCAGGUGACCAAUAUGAGGUGUUUAUACGGCUGGGGCGCCAGAAGUGGAAAAUAAAAGGCAAGAUUCUGACAGAUGACAGUCAAACUUGGGAGGAGGAAGAAAAAGCUUUUAUACCCAGCCUUCAUGAGAACUUUGAAAUCAAGGUGACAGAACUGCGAGGACUCAGUACAGUCCUGGUUGGCAUUGUAUCGUGUGACAGCAUCGACUUCUUUACAACUAGGCCUCAAACCAUCAUUGUGGAUAUAACCGAACUAGGUACCAUCAAACUACAACUGGAAGUCCUCUGGAAUCCUUUUGAUUCCGAGAAUUUAAUUUUGUCCCCUGGGUCCACCACCAAGUUUUCUAUGGGGAGUAGAAAAAACUCCAUAUACAGCUGGACUCCUCCAAAUACUCCCAGCUUCCGAGAAAGAUAUUACCUUUCUGUUUUGCAACAAGGAAAGAGACAUGCAAAUAUUAGGGAAGAGACCCAAGAUUCCUGCAUCCUGAGCUACUUAGCUGACUGUGAUUUUAACAUGCGCCUGAGGAGUGUAAGUCACAGCCUUACGGAGACAACUGAAGGAAGUUCAUUUAGUUCUGAAGAUCAGAAAGGGGCAGAAAGCAGAAACAUGACUCCACUGUCAAAUCAAAGGAAGCUGCCAUUGGCUAUAGUACAGAAUAAUUGCAUGGAAGGAGAACAACAGGAUAUUUCAAUAUGCCAGUCUCCUGGCCGCAGAACUUUAGAUAUCCUACAAGAAACACCCUAUGCUGAAAGUUCUCUAACUAUUCCAUCAUGUCCACUGGAACAAGACAAAGAUGGCAGUAAGUCCAUCAGUUGUGUCUGGAAUCAUUCUUCAGAGCAACAAACAAAGAUUCUCUCUGCUGAACAAAGGAAUUGGGAUGAUGAUGAUGAUGAUGAUGAUGAUGAUGAUGAUGAUGAUGAUGAUGAUACGAAACCUAGUGGAAAGACCAAGUCAAUUGAGAAGAUCCUACAGGAAGUAUUACAUUUGCUGAAGUCCCAGAAUCCAAGCCCUGUCCCACUGGAGGAAUUGGAAUACCAGGUCUUCUGUAUCCAGGACAAAUUAAAGCCCAGAAAGUAUCAUCCAAAACACUCUUCCAUGGAGAGUUUGAUGGUGGAGACUGUGUUGGAAAGCUUUGACUUCCUGAAUGCUGACUGUAGUGCUGAUGAACUCUCAUCCUUCGGAAGUAUAAGGACUUGCAGCACCAGCACCUACAAUGAUGCCACUCUUUCUUCCCUGUGCUGUGAUGCCCACAUGGAAAAGGAGUUAACCACAGGAAGCGAUGACCUCGAUAGACUUCUGGAAAUUCAUCUGCAACUCUGCCGAGUUCUUCUGCAGAAACUCAUAAAGCCAAACUUAGCUCCAAUUAUCCAGGAGAACCUUUUGAAAGAAGUGUCACAACAGAAGCAUGUCUUAGAAAUAAUUUCUGCUCUGGCUACUCCCGUGCCACGGAAUGUUACUUCUGUUGAAGAAAUUAUCCAAAAAGCCAAAAAGCAGAAACACUGCUUGAAGAUCUGGAGUAAGUGCACUGAACAGGGAAGCAUAUUAUUCUGUCCAGUGGAAAGAUUUUGGAAUCCUUUGAAAUAUAUAUUGAUGUUCAAAACAAAAGAGAAAUAUCGACACCAUCUAGAAAAAGUUUUGCAGAUAUUCCUGGAACAGAUAGUUGGAGGCAUUUUAUUAGGUAACUCGACAGAUCUCCCAGCUGAAUCCGUGACGUUAUUCCAGUUUUACAGCUAUCUGGAGAAACACCAUGUAAACAACUUGGAAAAAUAUUUGAUCCGAUUUGCUAAAGAAGUAAUAUUGACAGAAGACCUGCAACGUCCUGGGAGAAUGAAGAAAAUAAAGAAGCUAAAAGGGAAGCAGCUGAAUCAGCUGGAACCUCUGCCUCAGACCUUACGGCUCCUUGCAGUCCUGCAGCUUGAUGAGAAUCAUCGUAUAGGCAAAGCGGCCACAUCAUGCCUUUCUCGGGCAGCAGCCAACAGGAAUUUCAGGGAAAAGGCUCUUCCUUUUUACACAGAUCUCUUAAGCAACGAUGAUGCUAAACUACAGCAAGCUGCAUGUCUAGCCCUCAAAAACCUCAGAGGCAUUGAAAGUCUAGAGCAAAUUGCCAGACUGUGCCAGUCAGAAACGGAGGAAGUGCGGAACGCUGCCAGAGAAACAACACUUUCAUUUGGAGAAAAGGGAAGGUUGGCUUUUGAAAAAAUGGACAAAAUAUGCUGUGAACUAAGAGAGGCUAUGUAUCAGGAGGCUGAAAUUGAAAUUACAGUAUUUUGAACAAUAGCUUCAAAGGAGGUACCAAAGGUUAGAUGCUGCAGUAGAAAGUAAUCUUCCAAGAGGAAGGAAGAGUUGAACACCAUUGGCAAAUGUAACAACAAAUCAUAACUAGAAAGUCUUUUAAGCAUCCCCAUUCUACAGUCUUCAAUAUAAUAACUAAUAUUAUGCUUGCACUAUAUCUGGAUGCUGAAGAUGUAUAGUGAAACCCAAAACACCAUUUUUGGAUUUGAGGAAUGUGAAUUGAGAAACUUCUUUUUUUUAACUGUUGGGCAUCCUCCUUCGCUUUCCAUUCAAGACAAAUAUUUAUCUUCUCUGGACACAAGAGGAGGCAGACUGUUUUAUAUAUUUAUUCAUUUAAUUCUUGUAGACCAAGAUUUUCAAAUGUAAAGUUCUAAAAUUAUUAGCUCAUUGCAGCAAAUUAACCUGUGGUCAUCGUCUAGUUUGCAACAAACCUUGCAGAGGCCUUAGCCUACACAAAGGGCAAAAGCUGAAGAAAGCACCAGGAGGAUCAUUUCAAAUUUUAGUCACUUUUUACAUAAAAUAUCCUAGGGCAAACACAUCGACCCUGCCCCCAGUUGACUCUUGUUCUUUGAUUUGGGGACAGGGACUUCUGCAAGGGAAGUAAAAAAAAAAAAAAAUCAGAAUGGUGGCUGCAACUGGGUUAUUGAAGCCUUGUCCUGUUUUUUAUUUGUAUCGUAUGUACAAUACAUGUGAAAAAGUGAGCAGGGCUUUGAUUGUACAUAGAGCAGUGUUCCUUAAC